UGAAUCAUCAUCAAAUUUAUUUGUUUCCUGUUUAAAAAGUAGAAAAUCCCAGCAAAAGGUAAAAAUGUUAUUUAAAAUAUCUCUUAUUGUAGAAAUUAAACAUGCUGGAAAUAAACGCUUACUUCAGUUUAAAUAUGGUCAAUACAAAAUUUGUGCAGUAAGGCGUGUAUGUAAUUUGAAACAGAAGAGGCCUUUAUAAGGGACAAAACUCAAGGAAAAAAAAAAAAAAAAACCCCACACCAGCAUACAUUGCAAAACUUCCUACAAUUCUCCUUUUUCAAAUCGAAAGAAACUUGUAAAAUGUGUUACUAAACAUAAAUCUGAAAACAUUCAAAAUAUGCUUCUGGUAAUAAUUCAUUAUAUUUGACAUUUUCCUUUAUAUUAAAUGCAAUUUAAAAUAAUUCAGCCUUUUUGUCCAAAAUGACAGAUUUUUUUCACUGUUAAAUACGGACAAGAGGAAACUCCAAUAGAGAGAAAAAUCAAUGAAUUUAAAAGAGUGCAGAAUCUGAAAACUAGCUGCAACACACAUUUAAUUUUACUUAAUUGUAUACUUUAUUUAAAUAGCCUUCUCAGGGAUUUAAUAAUUUAGAAUCAACAGUUCUCUUCAAAACAUAAUAAAAUAUUUACACUUUAUAAAAUAUUAACCGAUUAACAAUACGGCUGUGUUAUUUAUAAGAGUGUAACUGAAGUACUGUAAUCAUGCUGUUGACACAAGCCUGUAAGGUUAGAGAAGUGCUCCUUAGCAAAAUGUAAAUGAAGAUCUUCAGACAGUGGUGUUUAUAAAAUAGCUCAUUAAUGACUUAGGAUUGAAUCGCUCCAACCAUUCGCAUCAUCAGAUAUAAUAAUAGUGACGAAUCAGACAGGAAAGAUCCUGGCUAAACCAUUUGCAUUUUUUCCCCCCAGAAGUACUGAAGUCCUAAUACCACCAAUUCUUCUAAGUUCCUGGACAUUGAUCCGGAGGAGGAUUCCGCAGUUCCACACCAAGGUCCCUGCGCGUUUUAUUGCGACCUGCCAGUGGGAACUUUGUCUCCGAGUCGGAGCAGCAUGGAGCGGCGGAGCGAGAGCCCGUGUCUGCGGGACAGCCCCGACGUGAAGGGGCCUCCCCCGGUGAAGGUGGCCCGGCUGGAGCAGAACGGCAGCCCCAUGGGAGCCCGCGGGAGGCCCAACGGCGCCGUGGCCAAGGCCGUGGGAGGUUUGAUGAUUCCUGUCUUUUGUGUGGUGGAGCAGUUGGACGGCUCUCUUGAAUAUGACAACAGAGAAGAACACGCUGAGUUUGUUCUGGUGCGAAAAGAUGUGCUUUUUAGCCAGCUGGUGGAGACCGCGCUCCUGGCCCUGGGGUAUUCCCACAGCUCCGCAGCUCAGGCCCAAGGAAUAAUCAAGCUGGGGAGGUGGAACCCUCUCCCCCUCAGUUAUGUGACAGAUGCACCCGAUGCGACAGUGGCCGACAUGCUACAAGAUGUCUAUCAUGUUGUGACGUUGAAAAUCCAAUUACAAAGUUGUUCGAAGUUGGAAGACUUGCCUGCGGAGCAGUGGAACCAUGCCACAGUCCGCAAUGCCUUAAAGGAACUGCUCAAAGAGAUGAACCAGAGCACAUUAGCCAAAGAAUGCCCUCUCUCCCAGAGUAUGAUUUCAUCCAUUGUAAAUAGCACAUAUUAUGCCAAUGUGUCAGCAACCAAGUGCCAGGAGUUUGGGAGAUGGUAUAAAAAGUACAAGAAGAUUAAAGUGGAAAGAGUGGAACGAGAAAACCUUUCAGACUAUUGUGUUCUGGGCCAGCGUCCAAUGCAUUUACCAAAUAUGAACCAGCUGGCAUCCCUGGGGAAAACCAACGAACAGUCUCCUCAUAGCCAAAUCCACCAUAGUACUCCAAUCCGAAACCAAGUGCCCACAUUACAGCCCAUCAUGAGCCCUGGUCUUCUUUCCCCCCAGCUCAGUCCACAGCUUGUCAGGCAACAAAUAGCCAUGGCCCAUCUGAUAAACCAGCAGAUUGCCGUCAGCCGGCUCCUGGCCCACCAGCAUCCGCAAGCCAUCAACCAGCAGUUCCUAAACCAUCCACCUAUUCCCAGAGCAGUUAAGCUGGAGCCAACCAACUCUUCCGUGGAAGUCUCUCCAGAUAUCUACCAGCAAGUCAGAGAUGAGCUGAAGAGGGCCAGUGUGUCUCAGGCUGUCUUUGCAAGAGUGGCAUUCAACCGCACGCAGGGAUUGUUGUCUGAGAUUCUGCGUAAGGAAGAAGAUCCUCGGACGGCCUCUCAGUCUCUUUUAGUAAACCUGAGGGCCAUGCAGAAUUUCCUCAAUCUGCCAGAAGUGGAACGGGAUCGCAUAUACCAGGACGAGAGAGAGCGGAGCAUGAACCCCAAUGUGAGCAUGGUCUCAUCGGCCUCUAGCAGUCCCAGCUCCUCCCGAACCCCUCAGGCCAAAACCUCGACACCAACAACAGACCUCCCUAUUAAGGUGGAUGGCGCCAACGUCAACAUCACAGCUGCCAUUUAUGACGAGAUCCAACAGGAGAUGAAAAGGGCCAAGGUGUCUCAAGCCCUGUUUGCCAAAGUGGCUGCAAAUAAAAGUCAGGGCUGGCUGUGUGAACUGCUCCGCUGGAAGGAGAACCCAAGCCCAGAAAACCGCACACUCUGGGAGAACCUCUGUACCAUCCGUCGCUUCCUGAACCUUCCCCAGCAUGAGAGGGAUGUGAUCUAUGAGGAGGAAUCAAGGCAUCACCACAGCGAACGCAUGCAGCAUGUGGUCCAGCUUCUACCUGAGCCGGUGCAGGUCCUUCAUAGACAGCAGUCUCAGCCAGCCAAGGAGAGUUCCCCUCCCAGAGAAGAAGCGCCUCCCCCACCUCCUCCAACUGAAGACAGUUGUGCCAAAAAGCCGCGGUCUCGCACAAAGAUCUCCUUGGAAGCCCUGGGGAUCCUGCAAAGCUUUAUUCAUGAUGUAGGCCUGUACCCCGACCAGGAAGCCAUCCAUACUCUUUCGGCCCAGCUGGAUCUGCCCAAACACACCAUCAUCAAGUUCUUCCAGAACCAGCGGUACCACGUGAAGCACCACGGGAAGCUGAAGGAGCACCUGGGCUCUGCGGUGGACGUGGCCGAGUAUAAGGACGAGGAGCUGCUGACAGAGUCGGAGGAGAACGACAGCGAGGAAGGCACCGAGGAGAUGUACAAAGUGGAGGCCGAGGAGGAAAACGCCGACAAGAGCAAGGCGGCGCCUGCAGAAGUUGACCAGAGAUAAUGUGAACUCCCACCAGGCAAAGCAAUACAUUGGUCCAAGGAUUUUCUGUUUUAGUUUCCUUGACAAAGUUUUUUUUUGCUUUAUUUUAUUUUUGUCUUUUUUAUGUCUAUUUGUUUUGGUUUUUUCUUACCCUUUUUGACAUUUCUUUGUUGCACAGGAUAUCCCUACAGACUAAGUUCAGUAUUUCUGAAUCAGACAUAGCCUUGGCAAAGACACUAAAGUGUUACACUUUUACAAUUGACUGGAUCAUAGUGAUUAUAAUCACAGGAGACUCCGCCUUCAUUAUCCUUGCACUUAACAGAAGUUACAUCAGGCAAGUUUCAGGAUAAAAAGACCUACGAAAUAAAUGAAGGAAGCUACAAGUGUGUGUAUAUGUAUAUGUAUAUAUCUCUAUAUUUACAUAUAUAUAUUAAAUUUGCAUGGGACAGAGAACUUUACAAUCCAAAAGAAUAGACUGUGAAAUGAGUUCUUAAAGAAAAGACUUGUUUAUGUAUUAAAAAACCACUUCACAGUGAGUGAGUCGCUUUGGCUUUUUGAUAAACUGUGGCCUGCUCUCAGGGUGGGGUGACUAUUUUUGAAUUCCUAUUUAUUUUCUGUGUUUGUCCCUGAUUUUUUUUCUUUAUUUUAAUUCUAUGGCUUCCUAUCUGGCAGCUUAAUGGGUAAUUUUUGAGGUAUGUAUUUAACAAAAUAAAUCGACACUGCCAAAAAAGAAAGAAAGAGAGAGAGAGAAAGAAAGGAGGAAAGUGAAAAAAAUCAGGGCACAUUUAAAUGGUACAAGUCAAAUUACUCUUAAAGACACAAUGCACACUUAAAAUGACUCAAUAAAAUGACUCGAUGUUCCAUUAUUGAAUUUGUCAUUACUGUAGUGAACAGAUCCAUUUCUGUGGAAUUCCAAAUAAGUAAAACUGAAAUUCAGUGCAGAGAAAACUUGUCCAUUAGUACAGUCUUGAUAAAAUGACAUUUUGAUGUUGUAUAUGUGGAAUUCAUAGUAUGAGCCACAUUUUUUUGUGAAUUUAUUUACCUGCUUGUGGCUUCACAUCUUAAAAUUGAUAAGCCUGCUCAUUUAAAAGUUUGCUGUUGCUGUUUUUUUUUUUUUUUUUUUAAUAGAAAAUAAUGUAAAGUUAGAAAAGAAGUUGCUGCCCAGUUAAAGGGGCUCCCUCUCAAAUAAAUCUCCAUUCUUCCCUCUCCCAAAAGACAUUUCUUAUUUCUAUUUCACUUUGGGCUUCCUCAUCUUCGUACACAUUCCAUCCCUAUAACCAAACAUUUUCAGUCCCUGAUUUCACAGGCUUCUAUCCCUUUCCCAGGUAUGGCAGCCCUAACAAGAACCUGUUUUUGAAUCAUUGUGCAGCUCCAGGCAAUAGAGUAAGUGAACCGAUUUCAGUAGAAUCACCUACUGGUCAUAAAAGGAAACAUUGUUGCAUUUACAUACAUAGCAAUUACCUUACCUAAAGCAGAACUGAUGCCAACUGGAUAUUUAAUGGAAUGAGCAUUAAAGCUGCAAUCUACUAUAGUUCUCCAAAUUUUCAACUUCCUAUCAGAAACACCGGUAGCAUUACUUUCCACUUCUACCUAUAGUAAUUGCAAGAGGAGACCUCACCUUCUGGACUGGCCUAGUGAACCUAAUCCAUGCUUUAAAAUGGCCGUUAAACAGUCCCACAUGGUUGGAUUUUUUUUUUUUUUUUUGAGUCGUGCUCUUAUGCAACCUUGUCAAAGACCUCAUGCAAUAUCACUUUGAAAGUUGUUUUCUGUUUACUACAUAAACAUUGUAAUAUAACUGUUAAUACUAUUUAUAUAUUUGAAAGGUAUAAAAGGUAGGAGUUAAAAAAACACCUCUAUGUGUAGAUAUUAACUCAGAACUUACAAUAUACAGGGAGAAGACAUGUUGCAAUACAAGCUAAUUCUAGCUGCUCAGUAACCUCUGGAGUUUUUAAAGGGACAUUUUCCUGUACUUUUUCAAGUAAGAUGUUUAAAAAAUUAUCUUGACAUGAGUGUCAUAUACCUUUGCAAAAGGAUGGUUGUUUGCAGUUAAGCCCUGGGCCCAUCCUUCCUUUUUCUGUAGUAUGCUGCAGCUUUAAUCAGAAAGUCCAUGGUUGCUGCUUCCUGAUCUCCGAGUUACUCUUUCCAAAUUGUCUUCUUACACUGUUGCUGAAGGUCACUCUGUACAUGUAAUGGAAAUUGAUUUUGCCAAGCUCUUACAAGGUGGUUCACCUAUUGAUGGCAUCCGCAUUUGGUAUCUUUUACACUUCAACCAAAAAUUUAUUAGGUAUUUUUCAAUGCUAAGUCUUGCCUUUUAUUUUUUAAUUUCACUGCCAAGUUUGCAGUGGUUCUAAGUGAAUCUGUGGGCAUUUUAGCCUGUGGUCUUGCCAGAUCUUUGCGAAUUACAAUGCAUAUAUGUCUAUUUAUUCAAUAUCUGUCAUAUAAUAUCUAUUUGGAAGAAGAAACUUUCUCUUGUAGUGCCUCUUGACAAAGCACAAUUUCCUGCCUUUUUUUUUUUUUUUUUUUUGUGAAAUGAAAAAAACAAAUUGUGUUUUAUUGCGGUAUCAACAAUGUGAAUAAGGAUUAACAUAUUGUAAAUGUUCUUUUUUCCAUGUAAAUCAAAUAUCUUUGUUAUCACUAAGUGAUAAUUAAUUUUUAACUUAUGUGCAUUGUUAGGCUGUUAGAAUUUUUUGGUUGUUAAAAUAAAGCGCAUUCAAUAAAUAUGACUUCAUUUGUCAAGUA